GUUGGUGGUAGCAGUUGGGAGAAAAGGAGGCAGGACUGUAUGUCCCAGCAGGGCUCAGAGUUUUCUCACCAACUAAUGGUGCUUGGGGCAGUUUAAUCAUUAAAGGAAAGGAAUGAAGCCAGGAGCACCUCAAAGUCCAGCCUGCUGUUGACCAACACUAACAGAUGAACAAGGAGCUGGCAGCAAUGGGGCCUGGAGCUUCAGGGGACGAGGUCAGGACUGAGACAGCUCCACACGUAGCACUGGACUCCAGAGUUGGUCUGCACGCCUACGACAUCACCGUGGUGGUCAUCUACUUUGUCUUCGUCAUUGCUGUGGGGAUCUGGUCAUCCAUCCGUGCAAGUCAAGGGACCAUUGGCGGCUAUUUCCUGGCUGGGAGGUCCAUGAGCUGGUGGCCAAUUGGAGCAUCUCUGAUGUCCAGCAAUGUGGGCAGUGGCUUGUUCAUCGGCCUGGCUGGGACAGGGGCUGCCGGAGGCCUUGCCGUGGGUGGCUUCGAGUGGAACAUGAGGAAAUCGAGGUCUGGAGGAGACAGAGGGAUCCAUCCAAGGUCACACGGGAGGACUGGGGUCAGGUCCCAGGCAACCUGGCUGCUCCUGGCCCUUGGCUGGGUCUUCGUCCCUGUGUACAUCGCAGCGGGUGUGGUCACAAUGCCACAGUAUCUGAAGAAGCGAUUUGGGGGCCAGAGGAUCCAGGUGUACAUGUCUGUCCUGUCUCUCAUCCUCUACAUCUUCACCAAGAUCUCGACUGACAUCUUCUCUGGAGCCCUCUUCAUCCAGAUGGCAUUGGGCUGGAACCUGUACCUCUCCACAGGGAUCCUGCUGGUGGUGACUGCCGUCUACACCAUUGCAGGGGGCCUCACGGCCGUGAUCUACACAGACGCUCUGCAGACGGUGAUCAUGGUAGGGGGAGCCCUGGUCCUCAUGUUUCUGGGCUUUCAGGACGUGGGUUGGUACCCAGGCCUGGAGCAGCGGUACAGGCAGGCCAUCCCUAAUGUCACAGUCCCCAACACCACCUGUCACCUGCCACGGCCCGAUGCCUUCCACAUGCUUCGGGACCCUGUGAGCGGGGACAUCCCUUGGCCAGGUCUCAUUUUCGGGCUCACAGUGCUGGCCACCUGGUGUUGGUGCACAGACCAGGUCAUUGUGCAGCGGUCUCUCUCGGCCAAGAGUCUGUCUCAUGCCAAGGGAGGCUCCGUGCUGGGGGGCUACCUGAAGAUCCUCCCCAUGUUCUUCAUCGUCAUGCCUGGCAUGAUCAGCCGGGCCCUGUUCCCAGACGACGUGGGCUGCGUGGACCCUGAUGUCUGCCAAAGAAUCUGUGGGGCCCGAGUGGGAUGUUCCAACAUUGCCUACCCCAAGCUGGUCAUGGCUCUCAUGCCUGUUGGUCUGCGGGGCCUGAUGAUUGCUGUGAUCAUGGCCGCCCUCAUGAGCUCACUCACCUCCAUCUUCAACAGCAGCAGCACCCUGUUCACCAUUGACGUGUGGCAACGCUUCCGCAGGAAGGCAACAGAGCAGGAGCUGAUGGUGGUGGGCAGAGUGUUUGUGGUGUUCCUGGUUGUCAUCAGCAUCCUCUGGAUCCCCAUCAUCCAAAGCUCCAACAGUGGGCAGCUCUUCGACUACAUCCAGGCUGUCACCAGUUACCUGGCCCCACCCAUCACCGCUCUCUUCCUGCUGGCCAUUUUCUGCAAGAGGGUCACAGAGCCCGGAGCUUUCUGGGGCCUCAUGUUUGGCCUGGGAGUGGGGCUUCUGCGCAUGAUCCUGGAGUUCUCAUACCCAGCGCCAGCCUGUGGGGACGUGGACCGGAGGCCAGCAGUGCUGAAGGACUUCCACUACCUGUACUUUGCACUCCUCCUCUGCGGGCUCACUGCCAUUGUCAUCAUCAUCCUCAGCCUCUGUACGACUCCCAUCCCUGAGGAACAGCUCACACGCCUGACAUGGUGGACUCGGAACUGCCCCCUCUCUGAGCUGGAGAAGGAGGCCCACGAGAGCACACCGGAGAUAUCCGAGAGGCCAGCCGGGGAGUGCCCUGUAGGAGGUGGAGCAGCGGAGAGCUCGAGCCUGGGCCAGGAGCAGCCUGAAGCCCCAAGCAGGUCCUGGGGAAAGUUGCUCUGGAGCUGGUUCUGUGGGCUCCCUGGAGCGCCAGAGCAGGCCCUGAGCCCGGCAGGGAAGGCUGCGCUGGAACAGAAGCUGACAAGCAUUGAGGAGCAGCCACUCUGGAGACAUGUCUGCAACAUCAAUGCUGUCCUUUUGCUGGCCAUCAACAUCUUCCUCUGGGGCUAUUUUGCAUGAUUCCACAGGCCUGGCUUCAGUGUAGACAGAUUAAACAAAGCCCAAGCCUGUCAGCCACAGAAACAGCUCUCCUCUUAGUUUGCUGUCUAAACUGGAGACCACAGAAGUCAAGACUGCAAGCUCCCCUGAGGAGAAUCCAACUCAACCUGCACACUUGACAAGUGGAGAAACAGAAGCCCAGAGAGAGCACUGGGUUUGUUCAGGGCCACCCAGCAGGAGUCACACGGGGUUUCCCCACUCUUUCUGGUACAUUGCCGUACAGACCUACCUUAAACACAGUUUCCACCCUCUUCUUGAAUGUAUUCAGUAGCCUUUACUGAAUGUGUGUCUUGAGAUUAGAAAAGUGGAGGAUACAAGAAAAGGAGCAGCAAGAAAUUUGCAAAACUCCAAGAGCACCUUUGCUCCCCCUUAUCCUCCUUCCUCUUCCCCUUUCUGGUUCCCCUACCUCUCUAUCUAUCUUUCUAUUCUCACCAAUAAUCUAUUUGUAGCAUGAAUUUACCCAGGAGGGUCCUAUAUUUCCAUUGGUGGCUCCCCAGUGGUGGCUGUCAGACCUGAAGAAGUGGGGAGCCAAGGGUGGACUUUAAGCAUGGUGACAGAUAGUAUUUUGGGCAGAAAGCUCUUGGACAAGGGACUAUCCAAAGCACUAUUUAAAUUCUGCCUCUUCCUACUCUCUAACCCAAAUAUGCACGAAAUCUCUAUGGCCUUGAGAAGCAGUUGGAGAGACAUGACUUGUUAAAACCUCGAGGAAUCAAGACAUGUUACUCUGUAUUUAAGGGUAAGCCCCAGAGCCGGCAGCACAAACAGCCUGGGAGCCACUGUGCCUGUGCCUCUCUGUCCUACUCCCUUUGCCUGCCAUGUAUCCACAGUUAAGUGUCCCUUCACCAGGAAGCUGCCGCAAUGUCCAAACCUGGGUCAAGGUCCCACUCCUGCUCCCAUAGCCUUGGACCUGCUUCUGUCACAGCACUGAUCACACCGAGAUGGAAGACUCCAGGGGGCAAGGACCGAGGGCCAUGUCCCAAGUGACUUUUGUACCCAGAAAAUAACAGCUGUUCAAUAAAUGUGUAUUGAGUUCAUUAGUUCUCCACGGUCCUGGUAGGCUUUGUGCUACAGCUGGCUGGGUAGUGACUUGGAGUGUUAGCUGUUAGGGGUGAGUCUCCUUGACUUGGAGUUUAAGUAACUGAGUCUCAGACACCUAGAGUGAGAGCACAGCCCCAGCCUACUGACAGACACCAGGUGAGGGCAUGCCUUUCUUCUGUCUCCCAGUCAGGGCUGCCCCUACUCUCAUCCAUUUACACUGACCAGUAAUUACAACUGGAUACAAAUAAAAUGCUAUUUCUUUGAGGUGUAGACACAGCAGAUUCUAUGAAUACCUCCUGUCGCUGCAGCCUCCACAUUUUUGUUUCCAUUGACCUUUUGACCUCACUUGCUUCUCACCUUAGUUGGCUCUGCCCUCUCCGUUGUUCCCCAUUGAUCCUUACUGAGAACUCAGUUUUCCCUUGAUUUCUCCCAAAACCUUUCAUACUAGUAUUUGUGUGUGACAUAUUAUAUUGAAGG